CUGCCCUGGCAGGCAGCCCGGCUGGGCUUGGACGAGCUGCAGAAGCCAGAGCUGGGGUGCUGGGCCGGGGUCCAGUCCAUCUGUGUCUCCCUUCUCAAGGUGCCCCUGAUGUUCGGGUUCCUGUACCUCUUCGUGUGCUCCCUGGACGUACUCAGUUCUGCCUUCCAGCUGGCUGGAGGCAAGGUGGCUGGGGACAUCUUCAAGGACAAUGCCAUCCUCUCUAACCCGGUGGCGGGGUUGGUGGUGGGCAUCCUAGUGACUGUGCUGGUGCAGAGCUCCUCCACCUCCACCUCCAUCAUUGUCAGCAUGGUCUCCUCAGGCCUGCUGGAAGUGCGCUCUGCCAUCCCCAUCAUCAUGGGCUCCAACAUCGGCACCUCUGUCACCAACACCAUUGUGGCCCUCAUGCAGGCUGGCGACCGCAGUGAGUUCAAACGGGCCUUUGCUGGUGCCACGGUGCACGACUGCUUCAACUGGCUGUCGGUUUUUGAGGUGGUGAGCGGGUACCUGCACCACGUCACACGCCUGGUUGUGGCCACUUUCAACAUCCGCAGCGGGAAGGAUGCCCCCGACCUGCUGAAGAUCAUCACGGAGCCCUUCACCAAGCUCAUCAUCCAGGUCUCCUCAGCUGUUGUGUCCCCCAGG